ACGUCACGAGGUGCGCCUCGGCGGAGCAGAGCGGGUGAAAAUAAAAAAAAGCACUACUGGCGCAGCAGCGCGCCAUGUGUACCGUAUAAGAGGACCUGCCUUUGACGAAGAUAGGUCCUCUUAUAGAAACGUUGGCCAGCCUUUCUGAGACACGUUAGCCUUGUUUAUAACCUUUAUACCACAGUGUGCUACUCCAUCUGUAAGCCCUAUUCUCGAUUUUGGAUGUCCAUGUGGCAGUAUUGUAAUAUACCCUUCAAAGACCCCCAGAGGAGUCUUUCAGGAAACAAAGGAAUGUGAAGUGACUACGCGAUGUUUCGACAAACUAUACCUAUUGCAGAUCCCUCGAACGCCGACGGUUUCGUGCGCCACCUCGAGACGGCGGUCCGCGUGGUGGCGCUGCUGGCCGUCGACUCGGCCGUAGUCAGUCUCAGCGUCAUCACGAUCGAGAUGUACCCGACUGUGAUCAGGGCCAGCGGCGCGUCCUUCGGCUACGUGUGCGGUCGGUUGGGUUCCAUCGCCGCUUCUUUCGCGAGCUCCGACUCUCGCCUUGGUCGCGGCAUCGAGCUCACAGUGGUCUCGCUGCUGCUGCUGGCGUUCGCCGCUCUGGUCCUGGUCGUGAUGCCCGAGACCACCAAGAUACACGCCACGCACACGCCCCCCGACGUUAGCGCGCGCAGGGACACCGAGGACAAGUGGAUGCUCGACGCGCCGCUCAGGCUCGCCCGAAGUAGGCGAACGUCGAGCUCAGCCCACCUGAGGCGCAAGGGCUCGGCCGGCUCGCUGUUCAAGUUUUCCGAGCAACCCUGACCAACCGCGUGCCUAUUUCAACUUCGACGAAGCUCUUUCCUCGACUCAAGCGAACGUAUAAGCCGUGUGUGCCAUUGAACCUACGGCAAUGAAAGUGCUAAGCGCGUUUGAAAUGACCAUGCGAGUAGUAUAUUUCCUUGUAGUCAUGGGCCUCAGCUCCUUUGGACUCAGUUAUAGGCUGCAGCCAUGUUUGCGCGAGAAUAUUAUGCACGGUUUCUUGCGAACAACCGAAAACACAGUCACUGGAGCAUGGCACAAAAUGCUCCAGGUGCCUGGAGCAUGGCAUGACAGACAUUGGCCGUCGCUCAACUUUCUGACGGAAACGAUUUGUGACUGUCAUCGAUUAUGCUGGAAUGUGUUUGUUGUAUACGAAAGAACAGGACACGGCUGUACCUUUAUUAGUGGUGUUCGUUCAGCAAAGAAUUAUCUAGGUUUGUGUGCGCUUUUUUCCUGUUCCUCCUUUUACGAUUUUGAAGGUAAACUGGCAAUCACUGACCCGGCAAUAAGUCUGCCCGUAAGACUCGCUUUUUUUCUUUUUCGUACCAGAGCUCACUGUUUUCUUCUUUCUUUUUUUUUUUUUUUUGCACAAGGUGCGUUCAGUUCUCAUGUUUAUUUGGGAAGUGCUGCAAUGUUCUCUGCACCUGAGGUAGUUCCUGGGCUGUUUCUUGAGCUAUAUACUCCCUGCUUGAACAAAAUGCCGUCGCUAAUGCCUGCUUCUCAAAUUAUGAAAUCUCGAUGGUCAUGCUGACAAGAAGACUGUAUAUACUUUGCGUUUGAACUGCACGCUUGAAAUUGUGAAGUUAUGAACGCAUUCAUUUGGUGCCACUGGAAUCUGCUCAGAAACGCCUUGACGUUUUCCUUGCUGGCUUAAAAGCUCGGCUCGGUGUUUGCGAGACUGACGAAAGGUCUGCUGUACUGGCCUCGGAAGUAUAUAGCGUACAGACUCGAAACGCUCAUAUGAUCGAAGAAUAAAGGUUCGGCGAUCGCAACUGUGUAACGUGAGCUCAUGCCUGCGCUUGCAAAUACAUAGACACGAAAUGCGACUCCAAAGGAGCGACGAUGGGCACCUCGCGGUUCCACACGAACGGUAGCCAUGCCACUGGGUAUGGCCGAUGUCAGUGAUCUGCUGACGUCGCGAAGAAGAAGCGUUUUGUGGGACCAGUCUUGCGCCUAUUGCCUGUCAAAUAUUGCAGCGAAAUUUGGUGGUCAUCGCGUGCAGGAAUUUGUAUCUGAGGAAGGUUAUACAGUAAAAAGCUUUACGAAAAGCACAUGGCGGACAUCCAGGAGACGAAAAAGGCUAGCUACGCAAAAAAAGUGGUCCGGCGUCACAUGCCCUACAAUGUCGGAAUUGCUGGCGAUAUGGUCUUAGUGCUGACGGUUGUAAAUCUGGUUUACGAUACUGCACGUGUGGUGAGGGUCAUUAUAACGGCGACCGUACGGCCCAGCGUGAGAAGUGUUGCCUUUGUUAUAUAUAACAUCCCGUUGACAAUUCAAACUGCCU